AUGAUCCUGCUGCGGCGCCUGGCGGGGGCCGCCCGCCCGCGGGGCCUCGCGGGUCGAGGCCUCGCCUCGGGGGCGCCGCGGGAGGCGGCGGACGCCGUGGUGGUGGGUGCGGGCGUCGUCGGUGGCCGGGCGCGAGACUGGAGACAGGUUGAAGAGCGUUGUGUAGUGGCUACCCUUUGUGUAAGGGGAAAGGAAAUGCUCUACAAGUACUGCGAAGAACGAGGUGUUGCCCACAAACGAAUCAGCAAACUCAUCGUUGCCACUGGUGCUGCAGAGGUUCCAAAGCUGGACAUGCUCCUCAGGAAUGCCGAAGAAAAUGGGGUGGAUGACCUUCAGUUGAUGGAGGGUUCUGAAGCUAUGGAGAUGGAACCUGAGCUUCGAUGUCUUAAAGCUUUACUAUCACCUAGUACCGGGAUAAUUGACUCUCAUUCACUCAUGCUCUCGCUUUUGGCUGAUGCUGAAAACUUGGGAGCAACUGUAUCAUACAACACAGCAGUUAUCAGUGCCCAUGUUAGAUCCGAAGGCCUUGAACUCCAUGUUUGUGAAAGCAAAGAGCUGCAGAACUAUCAUGUAGGGUCUCAUGUGAAUGCACAGCUUGUUUUGCUUCCGAAGCUUGUGAUAAACUCAGCAGGUCUGAGUGCAGUUCCACUUGCCAAACAAUUUCGUGGCCUUGACCAGGCAUUUGUGCCCACUCCUCACUAUGCGCGUGGAUGCUACUUCACCCUCUCUCAAACCAAGAGUCCUUUCAGGCGCUUAAUAUAUCCUCUACCAGAGGAUGGUGGCAUAGGGGUCCAUAUCACUAUAGAUUUGAAUGGCCUUGUCAGAUUUGGUCCAGAUGUUGAAUGGAUAUCUGAUGGCGGAAAGGACCAUGUGUCAUGUUUUCUGAACAAGUUUGAUUACUCAGUAAACCCCACCCGCUGUUCUGUAUUUUACCCUGUGAUAAGGAAAUAUUUUCCAAAUCUCAAGGAAGGGUCUUUGGAACCUGGUUAUUCUGGGAUCCGACCAAAGCUUUCUGGUCCUGGACAACCUCCUUCAGAUUUUGUUAUUCAGGGGUGGGAUGUCCAUGGUAUUCCUGGACUGGUUAAUUUGUUUGGAAUAGAAUCCCCUGGUUUGACAUCAAGCUUGGCAAUUGCUGAACACAUUGUUUCAAAAUAUUUGUGA